AUGUCACAAUACUUACCACCUAUGGUGAAGGGACGUCAAUGUCAAAUCGAUAAUUAUGAUUUGCUUAUCAAAACAGACCAAGAUGGAAGGAAAAUGUAUACGUACACGGUAACUUGGCAUGAGGUAGAUCAAGUCGAAGAGUCAAAGUCAACUGAUGAAGUGUCUCUUGCUACACCGACUCCAGAAUUUUCAUUCAUGAAACUAUCGACAACUAAAACCAUAUCUCCAGAAAAACUAAAAAUUUGCAAAGAAACUGUAUCAAACAGUACUUGUCGUCCAGAAAUUCCUGAAUGUUGUUGUGAUGGGCCAUGUGGCAAAAUUAAACCAGUAACUGAAAUGCAUGUUAUGGGUUUAUGUGACCAUUAUAUCUGUAAAGAUUGCUUUGAAAAUGCUCCAGCUGUUGAAACAGCUGGUGGCUUUGGUUGUCCCAAUUUACGUUGUUACCGAACGGAUUUGGCAUGCUUAUGUACUAGUCGUCAACAUCGUCAGCGAAAACUACAUGAAAUUCUUGCCAUGCCCUUACAUAAGACAACUUCAGCUUCAAACAUGGAAAAGGAGAAAAAAGAUGAAAUGAUAGAACGUUUCAAAAGUAUGCCAUGUUUGUAUUUGGUUAAUGUUCGUCUAACAACUUUUACGUUAUUAAAAAAUUCACAUCAUAUAUGCCGGCAACAGCAAGUUAUUGAAAUGUAUGACAAUUACACAAUGUAUCAAGCAUUAAAUCUGCUCAAGCAAUAUGCAGGAAUUGACAGUUUGGAUAUAGCCAAGUGUGUAUAUUACUGUCCAAGUGGUCGUAUCAAUGAACGUAGAGCAUGGAUACAAGUAGGAAAAGAUGAUCUACUCACACCAAUUACACGAUUUGGAAGAGAAGAGCGCAUUGAUAUUAUAUUUGAUUGUGCCAAUUAG